GGAGCCAAAGGUCGAAGCCGCGACCGCAACGGCAUCUGAGAUACCGUGGUCCAGCAUCCGACCUGGGGACACUUGCGUCUGCAAGACCACCGUGGUCAUGCGGCGGGAGGAGGACAUGAGUAGCGAUAUGGUUCGUCGACUUCCUACGGGGGAAGAGUUAGAGAUCUUGAAAUCCGGCACCGAAGCCACAGGACGUCGCUUCAUGGCCAAAGACAGCCAGGGCAACAAAGGCUGGAUCUCAGCCUUGAGCAAAGAAGGCACCAUCUUGCUGGAAGUCACUCAACGUGGCAACCAGAGCCUCUACGUUGGCACCGGUCAGGCAUUGGGCGGCGAUGCGGAUCGCGCCGACACGGCCGCCGCGGAUCGUCGCGCUGCAGCCUUGGCGGCGGCUGAGAAGCGUCAGGUGCAGUUCAUGAGUCGAGGAGUUGGAGAGAAGGCAGCAAAGAAUCUGCGAGACUCUGAACAGCGCGAGGCAGCUCAAAAGCAAGCUGAAGCAGCUCAAAAGCAAGCAGAGAGUCGGCCAAAGGAUGCGCCGGUCGCAGCGCCAGAGAAUCGGAUGGACUUCAAGCCAGCGCUUCGCGAGUCCAAGCCUGCAGUGCCUGCAGCCCAGGCAUCACCCUCUCAGCCGUCCCAGCCGUCCCAGCCGGCCAAGGCGCCGGCAAUGCCAGCAAGGCAAGGCCUUGAGAAGCAGAAGGAAGAGGCUGCUUUGUCACAAGGCUUGUUGUCCAGCGAAGUCCAGGAGGUCUUUGAUCUUGAAGCUUUGGGCUUCGACUUCUACCAAGCGCUACAUGCCUUUGCGGCUCAUCGCAACAAGGAAGUUGCUGCCAACAUCCUGCUAGAGUCGCAAGAGGA